CUUUUGCGUUAAUAAUUAUAAUUGGGAGCCCGGAUGGAUGUGCAGCAAUUAGACAUUGAGAUCGAGAAGACAGACAAGGGAUUCGGCAUUUACUUCGCGAAGGUAGCUAGAAUCGACAGUAGUGUCGAUUUCUUAGCUGUCGAUGGCUUCGUGGAAGAUCCGGCGAGUCCUCUCGCGAAAAACCAAAACCGAGAGGCCUUGGCUUGUCUACAGCUUGGGGAUAUUCUAACUAAAGUGAACGGGGAAGAUUGCGAAGGGAAGAAGGUGGAAGACAUUCUUGCCCUUUUGCGGAAUGCUGGCAGAGGUGAAAACACAUUGUCAUUCUCGCGCAGUGUGCCAAUCGAUGCCCCUUUAAAGGAUGAAGUCUGUUCAAAGACCGACAGCGAAAAGGCCUUUGACUCAGUUCGCUCGGUAGCUGAAGUAAGCACAGGGACCGGCAAUGAUAAUGCCGUUGACUCGGUUGACUUGGUGACUGAGGCUCGGAAGAGCGGGAUUAUGGGUGCGCUUCUUAAGGUCAAGUCCAAAAUACGAGCAGAGAUUGACGGGGACGAAGAUGAGCUGAUUCGCGAGCAGCUAGAGGAUGAACGCUUCGAGAAGCAGUGGCUAGAGGAAUUCGACGCACUCAAAAAACAGUACGAGCAGAAGUGGGAGACCUGCACAUACACGGCAGACGAGUUCUGCGGGCUGUUGUAUCGUUCGAGCGGUGCUCAGCAGAAAGAAAACCUUCAGCAACAGUACCCGACAAUAAUGGACGCAUGGAAGGAUGGAGGCGUCUCCUCCAGUUCGUCAAGGGUGAUUCCAGAAUGGCCAGCGAUUAAGAACACCUACGAUAGUGUCGUAAACUACGAUCCUGUAGACAAUUCCAAGCUGGUAUCCUCCUCGAGUGUUGCCAACACGUGCUCCAUUGACUGCUCUCAGUCGUUGCUAUCGACGCUCGAAUGUCUGCGUGUGGGGUUCAUGUGGCGGGCAGACGAUCUACAAGCAUUCAGUCGUCGCCUCGCUGCUGCGGGGAUCUCGUCCUGCUCGGGGCUCCUCGAGGAGCUAAAUGCUCACAGCAAUCGCUUCGAGCGCAAUUUCCAGUCGAAGGAGUAUCCCCGGCUAACCAAGUCGAUGCUACGUGCUCUUCAUGAGAGAGCGCAGGCCACAGUCGCCGCUCCAAGCGAGAGUCUUCUCCGAAUGAGAAUCUAGUGGCCCAACUGUAGUAAGUCAAUAACUGUAAGACAAAAAACAAUAUUUUACUCGA